AGGCAGCCUCUGAUUGAUGCUUCAGAGGCUGGGAGGGAGCCGAUGAACGGACCAUGACAGAGAUCACAGAGGAGAACUUUCUACAAGAAGGCCCGGAGCCAAGAGGAAUGCUUGUGGAUUCUCCAGGAAGAUUGCCCAAGGAUAUUUCCUUCCAAAAUAGGGUUGAUAAAAGAGAUGUGUGGGAUGUAGCGAAAGAAUGUGAAGCACAUGAAGUAUGGGAGGAAAGUGAUAAGAACCUAGAACUGAAAGAGAGCUUUGGGAAUCAUGAUGUCCCAAAAAAGCUGGAGAAAAACCAGAUGAGUCAUGGAAAUGGUAAAUCCAUUGCUUCUCAGAAUGCUGAAUACCAAGAAAUAAUAUGUGAAAGAAAGGGAAGGAUUGAAUGUUCUAUGUGUGAGAAAAGCUUUGCUAGUAUAUCAACCCUCAAAGUGCACUGGAAAACACACACAGGAGAGAAACCAUAUAAAUGUUUGGAAUGUGGAAAGAGAUUCUGUCAUAGCUCAGCUCUUAUUGUACAUCAAAGAACCCACACAGGAGAGAAAAAGUAUAAAUGUUUUGAAUGUGGAAAAAAGUUCAUGCAAAGUACAAACCUAAUUUUGCAUCAAAGAAUCCACACAGGAGAAAAACCAUAUAAAUGUUUGGAGUGUGGAAAGAACUUUUGUAUGAAGUCAAGCCUUACUAUGCAUCAAAAAAUCCACACAGGAGAGAAACGGUAUAAGUGUUUGGAAUGUGGAAAGAAGUUCAUGCAGAGCACCAACCUCAUUUUGCAUCAGACAAUACACACAGGAGAGCAGCCAUAUAUAUGUUUGGAGUGUGGAAAGAGCUUUAGUAAGAAAUCAAACCUUAAUGUUCAUCAAAGGAUCCACACAGUAGAGAAACCAUUUAAAUGCCUGGAGUGUGGAAAAGGCUUUACUGAAAGUACAAGUCUUAUUAGACAUCAAGGAAUUCAUGAGGGGGAACAGCCAUUUCCAUUCUUUGAGUCUAGGAAGAGAUUGUGGCAGAGCUCAAACCUCACUGCAAAUCAAAGAACCCACACAGGUGAAAAACGUUAUAAAUGUUUGGAAUGUGGAAAGAGUUUUAAGCUGAGUACUACCCUCCUUAUACAUCAAAGAACCCACACUGGCGAAAAACCAUAUACAUGUACAGAAUGUGGAAAGAGCUUUAUGCGGAGUACAACCCUCAUUGUACAUAGAAGAACCCACACAGGAGAAAAACCAUAUACAUGUUUAGAAUGUGGAAAGAGCUUUAUGCAGAGUAAAAACCUUAUUGUGCAUCAAAGAACCCAUACAGGUGAAAAACCAUAUAAAUGCUUAGAGUGUGGAAAGAGCUUUAUUCAGAACUCAAGCCUUACAGCCCAUCAAAGAAGCCACACUGGAGAAAAACUAUACGACUGUUCAGAAUGUGGAAAGAAGUUCACAAGGAAUGCAAACCUCAUAAUACAUCAAUUACUUCACACAGGGGAGAAACCAUACAAAUGCUUGGAAUGUGGAAGGAGCUUUACUCUGAGCAAAAGACUUACUAACCAUCAAAAAAUCCACACAGAUGUGAAACCUUUUAAAUGCCUGGAUUGUGGGAAAACCUUUAGUCACAGUAUAAGUCUCAAGAGACAUAAAAAUAUGCAGACAGGGAAAUGUAAAAAGGGCUUUAGUCAGAUGCAAAACAACCCAAAAACUCAAACCAAGAAGAAACCAUAUCAAUGCCUGGAGUGCCGAAGUUGCUUCAGUCACAACUCAAACCUUCUUAGACAUCAACUAAUCCACACAGGGGAGAAGCCUUUUAAAUGCCAGGAAUGUGGCUCUUGCUUCACUCAGCACUCAAACCUUAUGAGACAUGCACUUAUUCACACUAGGCAAAAACAGUAGAAAGCCCCAGAC